CCGGAAGUUGUUUUGUUUGCAACCGGUUCUUUCUGUGGACUUCAGUGUAGGUUCACGUUGAACAUACGGAAAGAAAAAGCGAUGUCUUUUUGCUCUUUCUUCGGUGGAGAGGUCUUCAAAGACCAUUUUAAGUCAGGGAUUUAUGUGUGCACCAAGUGUGAUAACCAGUUGUUCUCCAGCCGCUCCAAGUACGAACACUCUUCACCCUGGCCAGCUUUCACAGAGACCAUCCAUGAAAACAGUGUGUCCAAACAUGAGGAGAGGCCUGGGGCAUACAAGGUGCGGUGUGGGAAGUGUGGGAAUGGACUUGGUCAUGAAUUUGUGAAUGAUGGGCCGUCCAAAGGAGUCUCUCGCUUCUGAAUAUUCAGCAGCUCACUGAAGUUCAUCCCUAAAGAUAAAGUUGAUGGACUGUAAGGUGAGAUUUCAGGAGUAAGUGCUGCUGGAUGGAUGUCUCUUUGCAUUGCUAAAGGUGUGAACAGUCAAUGAAGUACUCUGGGACAAAGCCCAGCGUGGGAGCACCAGAGCUCUGAUGGACGAUGGUCUCACUAGACAGCAAGAACAGAGGACAGCUCUCAACACAUCUGCUAUGCAAUCAUCACAGACUUUGCAACUUAUUGAUCACACCCUCAAUGUCUCCAUGUCUCCUUGGUUUUUAUUUCGAUUGACAGUGCAGUACUUAUCACAGUCGUCCCAUGAAUCUUUUCCAAAGAUUGCUCAUUUAAAAAAAAAAAAUUGUCCUAAACUCUUGUUUAAGGCGCUUGGUGUUGAAAAUUAGGGGCCACGCAAACCUUUUUUCAUUGAAUGAAAUGAUUCCUGUGCAAUAUACCUCUCUCUCUAGAGAGGCUUUAUGUAAUAGGUCACAAUAACCUGAAUACACAGAAAUAAAAAAAAUAUUUUAAAUUAUAAA